AUGACUGUAGCCAUCUUACCCCAACCCACUGAGAUUAACCUGGUGAUUAAUCCUAAGGAUUUGAGGAUUGAUACUAAGCGAGCCAGUGGAGCCGGGGGACAGCACGUGAACACCAUGGACAGUGCUGUCCAGAUCGUUCAUUUCCCAACGGGUAUUGUUUCCGAAUGCCAACAAGAAAGAUCUCAACUGAAAAAUAAAGAGAUCGCUAUGAGCAAGUUACGUGCAAAACUGUACAGCCUACAGCUAGAAGAAGAAACAGGUAAACCAUACAAUGCUAGGAAGAUUCAGAUUGACACAAAAGGAAGCUCUUCAGUUCAAAACACUAUGAUCAGUGCUAACAUGUUGUCUAAUCUGAGUGCUCUGAUCCAGAAAGUGGGAUUGGGGAAGCUGGACUUUGUGUUGGUGGAAGAGAUAGAGGAGAUCCUGGAGGAGGAGGAGGAGGAUACCAAGAAGGUGGCACCAGGGCAGAAAUGCAUCCAAGGGAAGAAGUUACUGGUGAUGGAUCAGAGGUCAUGGGUGGAGGUGAUGCUUGACUAUGAAUCAACUGAGGAGGAUCUGAAUCCUGGUGAGAAUGUGACACUGGAUGGCUUACUGGUGGUAGAGGAGAUGCGGGUAGUGCAUGUUGCUCUGGAUGCACCACAUAAGAGGGCAGUACCUCUGGUUGACUUUGACAGUCAGGAUGCUGGUGAGCAGGUGCUGGGCAGGAGGUGA